AUGGCUAACCCGGGGCAUGGACAGCUGGCGCCGGGCGAGGGAAUUAUCCAGAUAGAGGACAACGAGUCCAAGGUGUGGGAAGUGCCGGUCAGCUUGGAGUGGUGGAAUGCUUUGUCGCCGACCCAGCAGUUGGAGUUUGCGGUGACCCUCCAGGCGCAGUUCAACAGGGGCGGAGGUCACGAUGGUUGCAUUAAUUUGUGCCGCGACUGCGUGCCGCAGCCGCAGCUGCCAGUCGAAGCCGAGAUCGAGGGCGAGAAGGAGGAUGAUAAACCCAAGGCCGAGGGCAAGAAGAAAAAAAAGAAGGACAAACGCAAGGCCGAGGGCGAGAAGAAGAAACCAGAAUCCGAGCUGGACACCAUGGACUAG